AUCAUAAAGUGUAGGUAUCUGCUAACUAGCUACGACUACUGUCUUAAUAAACGAAGAAAACGAUAAUUGUGUUCAAUAUUUAAAGCAAUUUAUAAAAAUUAUAUUUCUUCUAUAAUAGCUACAACAAUAUCAUAACAUUGUACAAACAUGAAUACUGGAAGUUCCGUAUUUUCAAAUCCUGAAAACUUACCAGUGGAGAAAGUAACAAUAUAUGUAUCAAAUUCAGGCGUACUUCAAAAAAUCAAAGCUUUGGAUCCAUAUUGGCUGCAAAAAAGGGAUUUAAUAUUCUAUGAAAAGCCUCCUACUGGUGGUGGUCUGGUGAUAGGGGCAGUUGAUGCAUGGAGGUCAAAAAUGGCAAUAUAUUUAGAAAACUUAAAAUGGCUCUUGAGCUUGGAGCAUCAUAAAUUCUGGAGCACAGUGCUCUACCAUCCACAGUGCAUGGACUCGUUAAUAUCGUUCCUACAAGAGGCCAGCCCUCCUUACAUCCCUCCAUAUGAGUGUAAUGAUGUACAAAUCUUAUAUGAGGACAUACGGAGGCUGGUGCUUGUGGUGUUCAGUAGACUGGUUACUAAUAAGGAGAGCAAAGCACAUUGGAUGACAAAGGAGCAAAUGGCUAGUUUGAUAUAUGACAAUUUUAUAUUCACAAUACCAGUGAUAUGGGAUAUCUGUCUAACGUAUGGUUCGGAUAAUAAUAGACAUAUAUCAAGACUAAUAGAAUCUGUGUACAUGUUGCAGCCAAGAUAUGAAGCUGACACAGCACAAGCUUUAGUAUUUGUGCAUGAGGCAUUUAAAUAUAUAAUUCUACAAGUAAACAAAGACUAUGAAAGCGACGAUCCUCCAAACUUGCCAGAAACGUUUCAAAUCAGUGAUAUCAAGAGACCUUCCAAUUCCAAGGUUGUGGAGAAGCUCACCUUCCCCAUGCUCCAAGAUCUGGUCGUCCACUUAUUGGAUACGGCCAUGACCCUCAGGAUAUUUACGGAGGUCUACCCAAAAAGCGCACAUAUUAUUCGCACUACGAAUUUUGUUUUAAGUAUAGUCCAAGUCUACGAGCACGGUAUUCCACAUCUUUACGAGAAGUUGGAAGAAGUCGGGGAUCCCACUAGUAUUAAAUACACGCAAGUGGAGGGUUGGAUCGACCUCAUUCGGUCAGAACUCAUAGACGUCUUCAGAGAAAUACUGGCAGUAUAUAAGAAUGCUAUAUUUAGUGGAGAAGGCAAUAUAUCAAACCAUGUAGAAGCAUACCUCUCGGUGAUGAUGGACGCACUCACAGAGAAACUACUCAUCAAGGACUAUCACCUGUGCCAUCCCGUGAACGAAGAUAUCGAUAUGUUGAGACAGGCGUACCCUGAUAUUGACUCAGUAAAAACCGACUUCAUUCUACAAGCGAUAUACUCAAAUUUGGACGAACCGGUACCAGAACCAUCUGACCAUAGACAAACAAAUCACAUAGACAUGAACGGCCAUGUUGAAAGCAUAAACAAUGGAGCGGGGCCGUCCACAGAUAAUGAAAUACCAAAGAAUAUUCGGGAGCAAUCGUUGAUUAGUGAAGUUAAGGAUAUAUUACCGCAUUUAGGAGAUGGUUUUGUAUUAAAGUGUUUGGAGCAUUAUGAUUUCCAAGUGGACAGGGUCGUUAAUAGCAUAUUGGAAGACACUUUGGCUGAUUCUUUAAGAAAAUUAGACAAAGACCUCCCAAUCAUACCAGAAGACCCGGUAGACCGGAAGUUCCUGGAGACGGGUGUGGAAAGGCUGAACGUGUUCGAUGGCGAUCAGUUCGACAUCAUGACCAGGGACGAUGUGGACUUGUCCAAGAUCCACGUUGGCAAGAAGAAGUCCAAGUACAAAGACUUGAAAGAUAUGCUCAAUGAUAAGACGGAGGUUAAGAGUAGGGUCGAUAUUUAUAGCAAGUAUAAUUUGGUUUGUGAUGAAGAGGCGCUGUAUUCUGAUGAAUACGACGACACAUACGACUCCGAUGGCGUGGCCCCCACCACGGAUAUGGCAGAAGACCCUAGAAGACCAUUUGUUACCCCCAGAGCUUUGAUGAAUGCCAGGAGGAAUGAUGAGGCAUCAGAAGAAUCGGAGAGUGAAGAAGACACGGCGGUGUCGAGUCAAGAGAAGAGUGAAAGAGAUAGAAGGAACUUCUGCGUGAACCCCGAGGAGGUGCGAGCGAGACGGGAAGCUAAUAUGGCGGCGCGGGGACGGAGGAAUAAACCAGCGGCGCCGCCUAGAAGCGGCGACGUGACCGGCGCGCCGAAGGGCCAGGGCCAGAGCCGGGACGUGCUGCACAACCGGAGCCGGAAGGAGCAGCACAAGUCGUCGCGCGCCAACCACGGCCGGCGGCAGGCCGCCCAGUGGAAGAGGAGCCAGGGCAUGAUGCCGUCCUAGUGGAGCGUCACCAUCGUUACCAUCGACACCAACUUGAUCAAUAUCAUCAUCAUCACAACCGCCACCACGCCACCAUUAUCAUCACCACUAACAUUACCAUCACCGUGUUCAUUAUUAUCAUCAACAUCAUUAUUAUCAUCACCAUCAUCACCAUCACCAUAAUCUUUAUCAUCAUCAUCAUCAGCACUAUCACCAUCAUUAUCAUCUGCUCCCACUGUGGGGUCACAGGCCUCCUAUGAGGAACUAUAGUGAAUUGUGAAGAUAAAAAAGUUUAUAUCAGUGGCGUAAUUUAAAACAGACUAAUUUAUAUCUCUAUACUAAAGAUCCGCCCCGGCUCGCCCGUAGUACAUAAAUAGAUUAUUGCACUCAGAGAUCACGUACAUAUCCAUCGGUGAAAAAAAAAUUUAAAUCAGUCCAACAGUUCCUAAGAUAA